GAGCGCCAUAUUGGACGGCCGCUGCUUGUUCUCGCUCCCUGAAGUGUUCGCUUCGCCUCGCCGGUCCGGUUGGCCCAAGUCACGGUCCCCGGUGUUAGUGCUGUGGAGCUGAGAGGUUUCUGCCGGACGGAGCGGUGCUGUGCGGUCCGAGAGCGGAGAGGAGGGAGUGUGGCGAGAAGGAGCCGGGAGAGGAGCCGCGGCAGGCAGCCGGUGUGAGGCGGCAGUUGGGUGAUACCCCCCACCUCUUCCGGCCAUGGACGUCGAGCGGCUCCAGGAAGCUCUGAAAGAUUUUGAAAAGCGAGGGAAGAAGGAGGUCUGCUCAGAGCUGGACCAGUUUCUGUGUCAUGUGGCGAAAACUGGAGAGACCAUUGUCCAGUGGCCCCAGUUUAAAGAAUACUUCAUGUUUAAACUGGAGAAGGUGAUGGAUGACUUCAGAUCUACAGCCCCUGAACAGAGAGGACCUCCCAAUCCCAAUGUGGAGUAUAUUCCCUUUGAUGAAAUGAAGGAGAGAAUACUAAAGAUUGUCACUGGUUUCAAUGGCACUCCGUUCACCAUUCAGCGACUCUGUGAGCUGGUGACAGACCCGCGGAGAAAUUACACAGGGACUGACAAGUUCCUGCGAGGAGUAGAGAAGAACGUUAUGGUUGUCAGCUGUGUGUACCCUUCUUCUGAGAAAAACAGUUCUACUAGUUUGAACCGAAUGAAUGGGGUGAUGUUUCCAAGUAACUCUCAAAGCUACACAGACAGGUCAAAUGUUAACGGUCCAGGGACCCCUCGUCCACUGAGUCGACCUAAGCUUUCUCUGUCUAGUCCCAUGACAACCAAUGGUUUACCUGACAGCUUGGAGAAUAAGGAUUCUGACUUACUGCAGAAAGAAAAGGCUCACAGUGAUACUUUGUCUCCUAAUAACGAGGAUUCUCCCACGAGUACUGUAAAGAAUAAGCAUUCAGAGGAAGACUUGGAAGAGCCAGAGGAGCAUGAAGUUAAAAGGCUAAAGUUUGACCCCGAGGAGGAAGAAGAGAAAUCUGCUAGUCUGAGGGCUUCAUCUAGUGAGGUCUCCUCAGACAUGACGGAAGAAGAAGCAGAAUCUGCAUCACCAAACCAAGACCCUGGGAAAGAUACCCAUGAUCCCGACCACUCUGCGGGAGAAGAAUCCUUAAUGACGGCAAGUGAUUCUUCUGAAGAGGAUGACAAAAACGCCACUGACAACUUAACUGUGAACAAAGAAACUUCCGACGAGAGCCAUCAAAUGGAGGAGACUGAACAGGACGAAGCCCAGAGCGGUUUGCAGAUGGAAGAACAAGAGAAAGCUCCGACUUCAAACUGUACUGGUACUGACCGCAGCGAAGCAGAACCCCACGCGGCGGCUCUUCAGGAGGCACCAGAAGCCCCAGUGGAGUCGAUGGAAAACAGCGAGGAGGCAGCAGAAGUAGCAGAUGAACCCAUGGAACAAGAUUAACUGACGCCUAGAGACGCAGUGUUUUCAGUACAGUUCUGUUUUUACACUGUAUACAAAUUUUAUGUAAAAAAACAUACAAAAAAAACAAACAAAAGUUGGACCUUUAGUUUUACAAAAAGGCAGGUUGCAAACAACUCUUUUCUGGAAUAGAAACUGAACGAGCUUUAUCUAUCCCCCCGUCUCAGAACUGUGAAUCUUUGUUCCUUCAGGUUCUGCCUACCGCUGACUUAUUGGUUUGGUCAAAUCAGUGGUUUGUGUAUAGACUUAUUUUUAUUAUUUAGAAAGAGGUUUUUAAACUGGAAGGUUAUAAUUUUCGAACCCUUUUGGAGGGCUACACGUUUUUGGUUAAAAUUAAAAUAAGAAAAAUACAAAAAAAAAA